AUGAUUCUUCUAUAUUUACUUGGGUGUCUUGCGGUAAUUACUGAGAGCUGCGAACCUAUAACGAAUGGUUAUGUGCUUAACAAGUACUUUACGCCGUGGUGCCCUGCAUGCCAAAAAGUUGAGCCACUAAUUGAGGAGAUCAGUAACAAGAUUGAUAGGCAUGGAAUUGACAUAAAGAUACGAAAUGCAAACUGUGAUGAAUGUAGUUGCAAGAAUGUUGCGAGCUACCCGACACUUGAAAUGACAAAGGACGGGGAGUCUGUGGGCAAGCUUGAAGGUUUCCAGGACUAUGAUGCAAUAGCCAACUUUAUUGUUAGCCAUACAGGUGUUGAUAAGAGCGUUUUUGAUGGACACAUCAUACAGAAAGAGCCGUCAGUUAGGAAAUUGACGAAGAAUGAUUUCCUAAGUGGCUUUGAUGGUCCACAUGUUGUGUUAUUCUAUUCAAGGGAGGAUGACAAAUAUCGAGUGAUGUUUGCAGAGCUUGCAAAAGUUUAUGAAAACAGACUUACGUUUGGAGAGAUCAGCAGUGCUGAGUCUGCAGAGCUCAUCAACAGAUAUGAUAUCAGGUCGUAUCCAUCGAUAUCUGGGAUCUUCAAUGGACUGAUUGUUCCAUUCAUAGAGAGAGAGGGAAUUCCAGACAUGCCGAAGCUGAUCGAGUUCUGUGACAGACUGAUUGAGAAGUCGUUCCAAAACCUAACCCUUGAUGUAUUUAAUCAGGCAGUAUCCACUCUUGAGCAAGGAGAGCCCAUCUAUGUUGUUUUCCAUAAGAACCUUGCAUUAGCUAUGCAGUAUUUCCAGAGCAUGGCACAUAUGUAUAAAUUCAAAGCCAGGAUAUACAGAUCGGAUGAUCCUGCUCUAUUCAGUAAGGCUUCAAUAUUCCCAAAGAUGCUUGGCAGCGAACAAAAUGCAUAUACAACCUCAGAUCCAGCAGAUUCAGCAAUUCUCUCAGUGUAUAAGAACGGGGUGUUCUAUAGAUACACGGACACAUUUGGAGAUGAGACAAAAAUAACUGACUGGAUAUUCCAUACACAUUACAAGUAUCUGACAAAGGUAGACAAUCAGAACUUCUACUCAAUAUUCCAUGGAUUGAAGCCAGUGAUGAUUCUUGUGACACGAGGAGAGCAAUAUGUAAACAAAAUGAACGAUUUUAGUGCCGACAGACACCUGGGUGUUCCAUACACAGACAUGGUGUUUGGAACUAUGGAUAUUGAUGAUUAUCCUCUUUUCAUUCCAUCUCUUCUGCCAAAAAUUUCUGUUCCCUCGCUUGUUGUGUUUGAGCCAUGGAUGAACUUCUUCUAUCAUAAGAAGGUUAAGCUUACAGAGGAGAACUUUAUUUCCACUGCUAUGGAUACAUACAACCUGUAUCAGAAUAAGAAGCUUCCAAUGUAUCCAGGUAAGAGCAACAAGCUCAUGAGAUACAGCAUUCUUGGACUUGUUAUUGCUCUAAUUGGUGCUUAUUGCAUGUCUAUAUCAAGGACUGCAAAGAAGAAUAAAUAA